GCAUACCGGGGGUGAGGCUUGGGCAGCGGCAACCGCUGAUUGGCAGUGAAGGGGUUCACGCCCCAUCUCCUGCUCGAGCAGAACCAGAACAGCCAAUCAGAGCGAGGACUGAUGGAAACGACCCAAUCCUGGAGACUGGCUGAGAGUGGGGGCGGGGACAAGUGGUUCAGGUGGAUUCAGGGCUGGAGCUGUGCUGGGGAAGCUUCUUCCUCCUGCUGUUGCUGCUGCUGUUCUUGGGAGUCCAAUCGCUAGGUAAGGCAAAAAGCCCUCUCAGAUUUGAGGGGAGCCAUGAGCCGGUUCCUGAAUGUGUUACGAAGCUGGCUGGUUAUGGUGUCCAUCAUCGCCAUGGGGAACACGCUACAGAGCUUCCGAGACCACACCUUUCUCUAUGAAAAGCUCUACACUGGCAAGCCAGACCUGGUGAAUGGCCUCCAAGCUCGGACCUUUGGAAUCUGGACGCUACUCUCAUCAGUGAUUCGCUGCCUCUGCGCCAUCGACAUUCACAACAAGAUGCUCUACCACAUCACGCUCUGGACCUUCCUCCUUGCCCUGGGGCACUUCCUCUCCGAGUUGUUUGUAUAUGGGACCGCAGCUCCCACCAUUGGCGUCCUGGCACCCCUCAUGGUGGCAAGUUUCUCAAUCCUGGGAAUGCUGGUGGGGCUCCGGUACCUAGAAGCAGAACCAGGAUCCAGACAGAAGAAGAGAAACUGAGGCCAACAUCACCACGUCCGAGACUUCGUCUUCCACCUUUGCUGGCCUCUUCCUUCACCCUCUUUGCUCUUAAAUUUCUUCUCUGCUCCAUCCUCCACUUCUAGUCCUUUACUUUUUUUUUUCUUUAAUUUAAAAUUUUUUAAGAUAUUUAAAUAUGCAUACGGCAAGUCGGUGCCAUUUAAAUGUAUGUACCAUUUAAAGAAUCAUUUUAAAAUGAAUACUCUGUACCUCCAUCCAAAUCAAGAAAUCGCCAGCACAUCCGAAGCCCACUGUGUGCCCUUCCCCCACCCGCAGCCUCUUCCAGGACCCCUUUUCCAGCCUUCUGCUUUUUUCCUUUUAUUUUCACCCGACGAUUUGACUUGUAUGGUGGGAACACGUGAACUGUGAAACUUAAAGCUGCUGCCUCACCCACACCAGCUGCCACCAAGGGCUGCUUCGAGGGGGUGUCAGCCCAAGUUGGGCUCCUCUCUGCUGCUGGACCCAAGACUCUGAACCAUCCAAGGGACAGGCAGUUCUUCUAAGAAGGGCUCCCCUGCAAGUGGGCAUGGCUCCUUAUCCUUGUGCCUACAGGUGGAUCAGGGUUGGAAGAGUCUGGGCUGUUUUUAGACCUUCCGGUCAGCUGUAUUUGUGUAAUGAGAUUUGUAAUAAAUAGAAAAACCUUCUGCUCUGA